AUGGUGUCCGAGUUGGAUGAGUGCUUUCAUUGUGGACAUGGAAGUGAAAAACAUCAUUCACGAUCAUCUGCGUCGACGUCGCAUCAAAGCGUUGCAAGAAAUGUCUGUGUUGCAGGUAACUUUUGUGUGCGUAAUUUAUAUAGCAAAAUCAUGCGGAUCGUCCAUUUUCACAUAUGCAAAUGCAGAUACCGUAUUUUGUUAGCAUGCCGUUGUGCGUUAUAGCUUCCAGCCAAAUUACCGAGUUACAAAUGCUGAACUACAAUAAGAAACGUGUAGGUAAUGAAGAAAAUAUUUAACAUAUUUUUAAAAGUCCACCUUUUGAAAGAAUUUUUGCAAACGUUUAAAGCAAAUGGAUACCGGGAGCUUUAUUUUGAGCUUUUUUACUCUUCUGGUGGAAAGAUUGAGUUUGUUAUUGAAAACACAUGUGAAUAAUGUUUGUGAUGAUACUCUGGGUGUGUAUCAACACCAGGCAAGCUUGAAAAAAUAUUCCUGGUCACGCGUUGGACCGCGUAGCUUAGUUGACCUGACCGCGUAUAUAGCUCAGUUGGCAGAGCAUCAGUGGGCUAGUAUUCCAAAUGUCGUAGGUUCGAUUCCCACCGUGGCCAGUCAUAUUUUUCAAGCUUGCCCGGUGUGGAUGCACACCCAGAGUAGCAUCAUGCACAAACAUCAUAUUCACAUGAGUACACAACACCAACACAGAAAAAUCAUAUUACAUACAUGUAGUUCUGCAAAAAAAGCUGGCAAUAAAUGGGCAUGUAGGGAUUUAUAGGGAAUAUUUAUUCAGUCCAUGCGAUUUAACUGGUUAUUGUUUUACCCGAUAUACCAUGCAUGCACUUCUUCAAUACUUAGUUUUACAUGUUAGUAAAAAAGUCACUUUACCUAAAUCAAAUCAAAUCAACUCACACAAUUUAACAAAUAUUGAAGAUAAAAUAGUGCUUCACCAUGCAUAUUUGGUAGAAACAAAUAAAAAAUGCCAACGGUGACGUUGCGAUUAAGUGUUUAAAUGUUUUGGUUUAUAAACAACAUCAUAAAUUCAUAAUUAUAUAAGUUUCGAUUUUCGGUUUCAGCAGCUUCUUUUUUCUUGUCCACUGGAAGAGUCCAAUUAAACCAAAUUGAUUAACAUUUUACCAUUCAAAACUUGCAACGUUUUGCCACCACAAAUGGGAUAGACAUGCAUUAUUGAUAGCGGUCAUUCAAUCUCAUGCAUUCUAUAUAUAUUUGUAUUGCAUUACACAGAUGUGUAUCUGCAUGCAUGUAUAAUAUUUCAGCUUUAUAAAUAAUUUACCAAUCAAGUCAAUACCAGUGCAUCAGUAAAUUUCUCUAUUAUAUUUCACCGGCAUAUUUUUGGUGAAAUAAGUUAUAUAAGUAUAUAGCUACAGGUAAUUAUUUGGGAAGGAGUGCAAUUAAUGAUUAACACUACGAGUGAUAUUUGGAGAAAAACAUGUGCCAUCACAAAAAUCAUUAAUUGCACUCUUGCACGCGGAGAGUGCAAUUGAUGAAAUAAUCGCAGCCUUUAAUAAACACCAUGCAUAAACGUCAAAUGCACACAUUCGCACGUACAUCAAUGCGUAAGAUAUAAUUUACCGCUCAACAUGACUAUUUAAUGCAGAUAAUAAAAUACAUUAAAAAAUUAUAAAUAUGUUUUGAAUAAUUUAAUUUGUAGGAUAUGGAUGGGAUGAUGUAAAGCAUGAGGUGGCAAAGAAACGCAAGGGAACAGACAGUUCAGAAAGACAACAUGUUGUAUGUUUCAUUUUGAUUGAUAUCAACAAUCAUGCAUGUAUAUAAAUCCGUCUUGAUUCAUCAAUAUGGAAUGAUUGGUUUCCAAACUACAUAAUAACUAAUAUCAACCUUGAAGCCUAGCCAAAAUGCAAAUGAAUAUACAUAUAUUAAGUUGUACGUAUGCAUAUGAAUUAUGUGCGAAAGAGAUUGGAUUCAUUUGCCGAUAAAAAUUUUCUUGAAGUUUGCAUCAAAGUUUUGCAUUCUUUGUUUUCUCCAAUUAUAUAGUUAGGCCCUAUAUUUUAGAUUUACAUGCAUGCACUAAUAUACAAUUAAUAUAAUACUUUUGUAUAUCUGCACAAUUUGAAAUCAGUUUUACAAAUGAAAUGUUCAUAUUAUACUGCUACUUAAAAUUUUGAUUCAGUCUUGCUCGUGGAAGUUUUGAUUCAUUUUUUAGAGAUUCAUUUAAUGGGUACUAAUGAAUAAUUGCGUUGUUAGGGACGUAAAAAGCCUGGAAAAAGGGUAGUUGAUGUAAUAAAGAUGGAAAAAAAGCAUUUUCGCAGCAGUGGAAGAAUAACAUAUAGAGCAAUUGGUGCUUAUAAAAAGGUUUAUAACUAUAUAUAUCUGUAUAUAUAUUACAAUUAUACCAUAUAUGAGAGUCAUACGACGAGAGCGAAUGGUAUAAUUGUUUUAUAAUAUAGUCUAAUAGCCAUUAACUAUAGCAAUAAUUAAUUAUCCUCUGUUACAAUGUCUUGACAAUUUGUUCGGCCAAAAACUGCUUGGCCUUAAAAAUUUGAAAAAUACUUUUGUUUUACAACUCGAAGACGAAAUGAAAGUGAAAGAAAUUGUUUUAGAACCGGUAUAUCUCACAGAAAAGCUCAGAUAUAUUAUACAGAUGUUUGGUUGUAUAGUAAAUGCUUCUUGACUGCAAAUUCAUUUGUCUUUCGUUGCAAACUUUUCUGAACAAUUUAUAUUCUCAAUGACAAUAAACAUGUUUUUUUUUCGCUGUUGUUUCGGUGUUAAUUCUUUAAAAAAACUUGUAUUUAAACUAAUUUCUAUGUAAUAAAUGUAUUUUGCUAACCUGUCAAAUAUUUCUGAGAGUUUUUUGAUGUACUAUUAUCUUUCUCAAAGCGAAUAUUUACUUUUUUCUGCUUCGCAAAACUCAUGUAGUUUUUGGACCGCCAUCUUGUUUUUUGCUACUCGCCAUAUAUAAGCUGAUAUACGGCGAGUAAUCCAACCAAACAGAUUGCAGAACAUCUCAUAUACGGUGAAUGACUAUACAACUUAAAGGUGAUCUACAGUCCGAUCUGCGCAUGUGCACAAAUGAGCCCACUUUUUAUGAUACAAACAGUUUAACUAUGUUUUGAGUUCUUGAAAAGCCUAAUUGUUGUUUCUUGAUCAUUUAUUAUACUCUAGAAGCUUGAAAAUAUAAAUAGUUGUCGAAUAAAGCUCAAUAUUUUCGACACAAAAAUGUAAACAAAGGCUUUGUUUACAUACGGACUGUAGAUCACCUUUAAACGAGAACACACGAAUCAAGAUUCAAACUCGAACAACAUAUUUUAGACUAAGAAAAUCUUUAUAAAUUGUAUUACAAACUUACAUAGUCACGUUUCGCUGCAUCCCGCCGAGAUUACUUCUUAAAACUGUUUGCAGAAUGCAGGUAUUUUCCACAGGCUCUUUUUGCCAUACAAUGUUUUUUAAAGUCAUUCUUGUGCCAAAAUUUAGUUAAAUUCGUCCACAUUUAUUAGAAAUACUUGCAGUUAGUUUUGUGUAUGAUCUGCAAUUUGUGCCAUACACAAACGAUGGUUAAUUGUGCCGGUUUCAGGUUGUUGUGGAUAAUCCUAUUACACUUCAAGUUCUACAAGAGGGAUGCUGCAAAGCAUUUCUAGAAAUUGUGGGAGACAUUGAGGAUGUUAUGCAGGAUUAUGAUAUUGCCAUCAUUGAUGGAAAAUCUCAACUAACGUGUGAUGACGAAAUUCCGCAGAGACGUCGAACAUUUGGAUGGCCCUGGGAACGAGGUUGUGAACCGAUUACCUUUAAACCUGUAUAUUUUUUAGCUUUAAAUAUUAUUUUUUAACAAUUUGAUAUAUUUUGAUGAAUUAUAUAUAACGCAUGAACUAAUGCAUAUUUAAGAUUUAGCUAUGUAUAAAAUUAGGCAUGAUAUAGAGAGCUGUCAAAGGCUUCGAUGAUAAAGGUUGGGUUACCUUCAUGGUAAGUAAAGGAAUAAUAUAUAUAUAUAUAUAUAUAUAUGUAGCUAGCUAGAACAAAUAUUUUAAUGUGAAACUAAAAGUAUAACAAGUACUUUAAUUAAUGCGAAACUUAAACGUAACUUAAAUCUUGAAAACUAAAUGCAUGUAAACGCACCAAUAUAUAUUGAUCAUUGGUGACAGCAUAGCCCGCGUGAAAAGCGUUACAACCAUCCAUGACUAAUUAAUCUGCCGUUUCCUUAUAGUCUCUUUACAUGAAUUUGGCAUAGAGGUUUUAACUGUCACUAAAACUAAAGCGUUAAGCUGCUGCAUAUCUAUUGCUAUACAUUAUGCAGGCAUAAAAAAUUUGCCGCAUGAAAUAUAUUCAUCAAAGAACCAUCUUCGGCCAAUCCCCAUUUAUAUAUAUAUAUAUACGAAGUUUUUUCUUGCCUUCUUAUUUAGGUUUGGCGAAACUUCUGUUCGAACGUUGUGCGGAAUCCAAGUAUUCUGCGGAGAAGAGCACAUUGGCGUGCGCCUCCAGAAGAUGUUGCUUUCAAAAUGAACGAUUGGAUGAAAUAGAUAAGGAAUUUGGUGUUGACAAUUAUUUAGUUGUUCCCGUGGAAUGGGGAUGGGAACUUACUGGUUUUAGUACAGGUACGUGUGUUUAGUGACAUUAAUAUACAAUUGUAUAAUAUACAACAUAAAUAUCAGAAUAGAGUGAAAAAACAAUUUUAUAGCGGAACGAUUAGUAAUAACGCGUAUUUACCGCCUUUAUAAUAUAGUUCAAGACAACGAAGAAAAGUCAUUCAUUGAGCGAGACAGAGAUUCGCAUGAAAAGGCGUUUGAUAUUAAAGUGUGCAGAGCAACACCUGAAAUGAACGGUUAGUAGCUACUAUACCGAUUUCGAAUUUAUCAUGUUGUUAUACAUGAACAACCGCUACCCGCUACUUUGAAAAUUUCUCAUCAAUCGACAGCGAAUAAACAGAAUAUUGUAUGCAUAAACAGCAAUCGACAGCGUAAACAACGUACAGUAUAAUAAUAAUAUCUAUACACAGUAGAUCAUCAAUCGACAGCGUAAACAGAAUAUUACAAAAUCUUACCAGAUCGUGCAAGUGGUUUGUCGUAUUAGUCCACCGCCAAGAACCUCAGUGUUUGAUAAGAAUUCCUUAAGCCUAGUUCUACAUACGUAUAUAUACGGUGUUUGUCUCUUUAGGUCUAAUCUAUGUUUAUCAUCGGCUUUAGAUUUCUUGCCAUUCGAAUUACACAUUAGAACAGCAUAUGAUAUAAAUUUAAAUUGCAAUUGUGGACAGCAGGAUAUUUUGGUUCUAUCGAAUAUUUUACUACAAUUUUUAGUAUAGCUAACUACAUUUGUUGUCAAGUUGCAGUAGUUUUAUAGUUGACUACAUUUUUUCGAAGUAGCUCAUGAACCUGUGGUGAACUACAAAACUUUGCAAUCGGUCAACCCUCAUAGUCAUGGUAUUCGUUAAAAGAGACCUUUUGACUGUAAAUGCUUAAAAAGGAGAUUAUAAAUCUAUUUGCUAACCUUUAAGUAUACUAUAUGUAAAACACGAGUAGGAGUGCUUUAUCAUAUGUACAGGGUGUCACAAAAAAAACGCUACCCUUAGAAAUUCACCAUUGUUCUAAUUUGAAUGCCUGAACCUUGUUGAAGCCAUGAAUGCGCAAAUAUUUUCACAGGAUGCAUAUAUUAAAGAUCUUCGGAAUUAAAAUAUCCUUGAAAAGCGAAAUUUGUUAUCCUGGGAAUUGAAAAUAGGUUCAUACAAAAGUAUAACUGCACGAAAAUCGUUCAAUUAUAUAUUAGUGAAUGUCAAGGAAAUGGCUCGACUGAGCACAGAGCAAAGAGUAUUUAUUGUCUUAAAUGAGAAGCAUAAAAUUCCAUUCAAAUAUGCACCUAUGAGUUCAAGAUAGCACUCAGGCAUUCAAAUUAGAACAAUUGUGAAUUUCCAAGGGUAGCGGUUUUUUUGAGACACCCUGUAUAUAAAUUUAUAAAACGCAAGGCGCAGCCGAGCGUUUUAUGUCCUAUAAAACACGCCCAGCGAGCUAGUGUCUUGAAUAGCUUUAAAUACUAAUUAGGAUGAACAAUUAUAUAAUCAUACUAAUUAGGAUGAGCGGUUAUAUAAAAAAUCACUCCACGUUACAUAUUAUGGCACUCCACGUGACCAGGGCCGUAGCGACCGUGGGGGUGUAACACCCCCUGAUGUGAUUGUUCAUAUGAGCAAUUUCAGGUAAAUUCAGGUAGAUUUGCAGAAUAAAUUCAGGUAAAUUAACGCAAAUUCAGGUAAUUCCUAGGACCAGAGAAAGUUAAUUUACAAAAUUACCCGUCAGUUUGGAAAAAAAUAAGGUAUAUUUUAAAAAAUUUUAGAAAAUCCAAGAACUUUUCAGAAUUUUAGAAAAAUUUCUUUGAUAAACGGAGAAAAUUGGUGAUAUCCGAAAAAAUUUAUAUGUCGCGAAAAAUUGGAUAUGUCCGGAAAAUUUUUUUUACCCUUAAAAUGUUACACUGACCGAAAUUUUUUUGGCGACGGGGGGGAGGUCGCCGAAAAUAAUUUUCUAGAAAAAAAUAAUUUCAGGUAAAACCCCCCUUGAAGCGAGCUACUCGCGACGGCACUACACGUGACAUAUUAUGUCUGGCAUGAUUUGCCACAAGGUUUAUAAAUUAUUAUAAAUAUAGAGUAUUUGAAAUAAAUAUAUUAGUGCCGUAAAAAGGAGGAAAGUUCAGGGACAACUACCUAUGUCUGAUGGGGGUGGGGGGGGGAUGAAAUCAAAAGUUUGGGCCCAAAAAUAAACGUCUCCAACUUUUUUUCUAAGAUAAUGUGGUGUUCAAAAAUUUCUUCUGAUCUUUUUUGGCCUCAAGUUUUCACAAUACUCCUUAAUAUUUAACACGUUCCGCACUUCCAGCAUUCCGAGGCCCCUUCUGGGGAAAUUGUGUCCCUUUACCAUCCCCCUUUCUCUCCCCCCCCAUUCCUUCCGGCCCUGAUCAAAAGUUGCUUCUUUCUCGUACGCAAAACUCCCAUACUCGUGCACCUUAUAUGACAUUUGGCUAUUAUCUCAGCCAAUCAAAUUGCACAACAGCACAUACACAUGUACUGCGUACGUCUAUAUAACAAGUUUUUAUUAUAUUAUACGAACUGAGGACAACGUCUGGCUAUCUAUAGUAUAGCUGGAUAGCAUCUCGUUUUCUGUUGCAGUCAUGGGGAAAACAAUAUGGCGCAUUUUAUGCGAGUUUAAAAACUGAAACAAGUAAUAACUGUGAAUUCAAUGACAUGCACUUGUCUAAAAACCUGAUUUAAUUUACUACAGAAAAUGGUGUAAUCGCACAUGGACCAACUGAAACUGUCUGCAUUGAUGAAGACGAAUGUAUUAUUAUUGGGUGCAUAUCAUAUUAUCAUUGCACGAUGGAAGUAGACUAUUCAUGGUCCGUGAAUGGGAUAAUGUUGAAAACGGGAAGGAAAGCGAACCUGGUUUACGUAAAUCAGCCUGGUCAAUACCAAUGUGUUGUAACUGUGAACGACCAUGUUGCUAAAUCGCAAGUUAUUGAAGUCGUUGAAGAAAGAAGUAAUAUUGCGGCGAAAGAAGAGGACAAUCCCAUUGACCCGUUGGCCUUGCUACAGUCGGAUGCAAGCAGUCAAGAAAAAGAUGGUAUUAAUAUAUGUUUGUAUAUGUGGGAAUGCGACAUUACCAAUUCCAAUAAUAAUCAGUUUUAUUAAUAGUGAUAAUAAUUAUCGAUUAUGAUGAUAAUGAGGAGGAUGGUUGUUCAUUAUGUACCGGUUGUUUAUGUUUGUUAUAUAACACUUGAAGAAACUUUCUGUUCACUUUGCCAAUUAGACCGCAGUGUGACAAAUGUUACUGACGAAAAGGAAUUGCGCGAGUUCAGUCCAUGCAGCACAUUGCCCUCCCAUCGCGUAGUUUAUGAAACUUUUUCUCUCGUUGUUUGUCUACUACUGUAAAAGCAACAUGUGAACGGAAACAAGAACGACUACGGUGAUUUCCUCGCACACGAUCAAAUCUCGUACUCGUACUCGUAGUCGCUGCUAAAGCUCCCUAUUAUUUUCAGGAACCCAACGUCUUGUUAUUAUUAUACUUCUAUACUGCCUUUUUAUUUUUUAUAUUUAAUUUUGUCUUAAUUUGUUCCUAAUCACUUAUUUUAACAGUUUACUCAGUCGACCCAUCCACGAUAAAGAAAGGUGAAGUAGUUGGACAGGGCCAGUUUGGUACUGUAUACAAAGGGGAGUGGAGGGGUACAGAAAUUGCAAUAAAGACGAUAACCCUUCCACCAGAAAAGCAAAAUUCUUGGGAAGAUAUUAAAGAGCUCCAAAUUUGCAGGUGUGAAUUAAUACUAGAUUUUGCAUAUAAUUUAUUUUUAAUCGAGGACUGUUAGUCUGAUGACCCUUAUUAUCUUAUAUAUUACAUUAAAUCAACGAGUGCACGUAGUUUAACCAAAUAACUUGGUAGAACUAAUUAGUGUGGCAGUCAAUUGAUGACAUCGCUUGAUUUUUGCUGCAUGCGUGACUUGUGUUCUAGUCUGGUAUUUACUCAAAAAUAGCAUGUAUUCGCGCUUUUUCUCAGCGCAUGCUCUAGGGCGCCGCACUCUAAUGUUGUGUCUGGUUAAAAAGUUAUACUUGCUUUCGAUCCACAUGCACGUUUUUUACUGUUAUUCUCAUAUAGAUACGUUUCUUAUCAUCAAUAGGAAAAUACGCCACCCGAAUUUGUUACUUCCGAUGGGAUACUGCAGGAAUAACGACGAUCUUUGGCUGUUAUCCCCUUACAUUAAAGGCUCAAAUUUGGAGAAACUCGUAUUUUCCACACCUCCCCCCUUCCAG